AUGAUUUAUUCAGUAGAAUUAUAAGAAAAGUAACGCUAGUUAUUACUCUAAAAGUAGAAAGGCGCAGCUACUGGCGAGCUCUCAUUCAAUUAAUUGAAUGUGAAAGUUAUUGAUGCUAAAAAUGUCAACCCAUAAAAUCUGAAUGCUUACGAUUACUAGGGAAUUUCAUGGGCUUAGGUAGCUGGUAUUCAUAGAAAUCUUUAUAUAGAAGAUCGUAAAUAAAACUACUAACCCUAUCGCUAAUAUCAAAAUUAAUUAAUUAAGCACAAGCAACCUAAUAGAGUUGCCGAUGGAAAGUAUUUCUAAAUAUAAAAAUAUUACUAAGGUCUUAAACCUAAAAACACUCACUUUUAAUUGAAAGAUUGUGUUCAAGCAGUGUCUCAUCACGAUGUCUACUUUAUGGGAAAUGAACGUCUUAAUCAUUUGAGUACCUUAAGAGAAAAUAUUAGAUACUUCGAUCUCUUGAAUGACUCUAAUAUUUAGGACUGGGAGUCUUUAAGAUAAUUUAGAUAUGCAUGUUUUAGUGUAGAUGAUGAAUGUUUUGCUCUUGGAGGAUUCAAGGGUGGUUUAUACUUUCAUAAUAUCACCACUAAAAAAGGCUAAUACCUCAAAAAUAUUACUAAAAAUUACACAGACCCCGAGGGAGAUACAAUCAAUUUUUUGAAAAUCUACAAAGAAGGCAAUAAUAAGAAGUUAAUAUCAGCUUAGAACGAUAGAUAUGUCAAUAUUUACGAUUUAGAGUGUCUUUAUUAGCCAAAGCAAUCAGUUAAAUGUACUAACUCAGUGAAUGUAGCUAAAUUAAACCCAAUCGAAUCUGAUCUAUUGGCAAUCUUUGCAGAUCAACAAAACCCUGAACUCAUUGACUUGAGAUCUAACGAAGUAAUUGCUUCUCUUCAAGGUCAUUCAGAUUUUGGAUUAACUCUUGAUUGGAACCCUAAUGGAGUUACUCUUUGUACAGGUAAUUAAGAUGGAACUGCCCUUAUCUGGGACAUUAGAAAUUUAUCUCAACAAGUACACACCCUUUAAGGUAACAUGGGCAACAUUUCUUAAGUAAAGUUUGAUCCCACUGGCUCUUACUUAGUUUCCAUGGAAUGCAGUGACUAUCUUAACAUCUACGAUAUUUAUUCUAAUUAUUAAAAUUUCUAAGUCAUUAACUAUAUUGGAGCAUCAACUGGAUUUGAUAUUUAUCAAGAUAAAAUAUUUGUUGGUAUCCAUAUUAAUGACUAUAACGGAAUAAUGGAAAUUCAGAAGACUAAACCCAUCAGCGAACAUCAAUCAAGAUUUGAGCAAUUUUCUAUCUGA